AUGGAAAGGCUCGACCACUCGACACGCGCCGACAUCACCGACGACAUUGCCGGAUCUCUCCGAAGGAGCUGCGUCGAGAUGGCCUUGAAUCGCAUCGAUGGUGACGAGGAGCUUUACGUGGGAGGGAUUUUUGCACUCAAACGUCCGACCGCUCUGAGUGAUCGCGGCAUCACCCACGUGCUGUCCGUGGUGCGGUGCAACCCGUCAGAGGACUGGAGCGCUCAGUACAGACACAAGGUCAUUGAUGUGGAUGACGUGGACGAUGAAGAUUUACUCUACCACCUGCCAGGAGCAAAAGCAGUGAGAAAUGGCCGGAAGGCUGCGGUUUUGGCAGAUGUCAUCGGUGUCGCGGCUGGGGGUGAUGCGACUGCCCCCAGCGACGAUGAAGCCAGCGACGAGCAAGCCGAGGCAACCGAGGAUCCAGUAUUCAAAGCCAAGGCUGAUCGUCUUCGUGCUGCCGCCAGUCCCAGCCAGAACGACGCGCCAGCUUUGUCGGCCGACCCACGGUCUGCCGACCCCGAUGCCAUCACGCCUCUCGAAGAUAUGCUGAGUCAUCGUCUGCUCCGUGAAGGAGGGAGAGGUGGGAGAAAGCAUCAGAUCUACCAGCGCUGGACGUACAAGCGGGAGGUGGAGGAGAGCCUGGCGGUGGGCGAGGCGCCGUCGCGCCUGCGUUUCGAGGAUGAGGAGAGAGCAAAGGGCGGCGCCUCAGGCCCCGGCACGGGGCAGGAAAAGGAGCUGAGGUGUAAGAAAUGCCGUCGCGUUCUGGCCACAUCGGCAUUUGUCCUCGACCACGAGCCCAUCACGGGCGUGUCGCCUGCGUCGCAGGCAUGUCAGCAUGUCUUUGUUGAGCCUCUCAGCUGGAUGCGUCCCACACUCGAGCAAGCAGAGCUUGAAGGCCGGCUCAUCUGCCCAAGUGACAAAUGUGGUGCUAGCUUGGGCCGAUAUAGCUGGAGGGGCUUCAAGUGCAGUUGCGGCGGUUGGGUCACGCCAGCGUUUAGCCUCGCCAGGGGCCGCGUGGACGAGGUGCGGGCGUCAGUGGGCAUGGGCGCCGGCACGGGAGCUGAUGCCGAAGCAGCGAGGAGGGCGCAGAGGGCUGCGUUAGGUAUCAGGAUGCCGGCUGGGGCGGGAGGCGGCAAUGGUAGGCUUUGA